AUGUACACUGCCGCCUCGUCGUCGCCAUCCCCCGUGGUUCCGACGCGUGGACGACAACACCGAGGAGCCAAAGGCACGUCCAAGUCCAAGCUCAGUCAGCAGCGGUACCGCGACCAGAAGCGCGAGCACCUCGAACACCUCGAGAACGACGUCCAACAGCUGCAUCGCAACAUCGCUCGCUGCGAGGGCCAGCUCGAGGUCUUGCGCGUCUCCGUGUGUUCGCACGAUGGCGCGCUCCACACUGCAGCCGAGUUCUUCUCGCUUUUUCGCCACGGCUACCACGUCCCGCGACCGGACUUGAAGCAGCGACAAGACGCGUUUCUACGCAGCGUGAUGCGGCCCGACUUGGUCAUUAUGAACGAGGUACAUCUAUUGCUAUGCCAUACUCCGACUCCAAAUGGUAUAUUCUCCAACUAG